AUGUUCUCGGUGAGACAUCAACCGACCAUUAUCACGGGGAAAUGCACACCAUAUUUUCGCAUUUCUACAGCGAGAGUAUCUGGAAUAUCUCAAAUAAGACAAUGGAGAUUUCAAAGUAGCAAUGCGAAAUUAAAUCCACGUACAACUUCACAAGUAUCAACCUCGAGACCGCAACCCAAUUCCAAAGACAAAAAUGGAUGGUCAACACAAAAUGCUCUUUUGUUGGCCGCGGCCACCGCCGGCUUAGCUUACACGCUUGCCAUGGGACGGGAGAAGAGUAGGAGGGGUGAGGGUAGGGAUUAUGCGGAUCCAGGAAAGUUCACGGUACCUCGAUAUGCAAAUCUGAAGGAGAUGGAAAUGGCCUUGAAGGAAAUUCAAGAAGCUACGAAUGAGGAUACUAUCUCUACGGACCCGGAAGAUUUGUUGGCUCAUGGAUACUCAGAAUGGUCAUCUACCAAUGUCGAUGGUUUACCAGUAGCAGUGGCCUACCCAAAAUCUACUCAGGAGGUCUCGAAAAUUGCGUCGAUAUGUCACAAAUAUCGGGUACCAAUUGUUCCUUAUUCAGGAGGAUCGAGUUUGGAAGGGAAUGUAUCAUGUCCUUAUGGAGGUGUUAGCGUGGAUUUUGCUUUCAUGGAUCAAAUUAUCACAUUUCAUCAAGAGGAUAUGGAUAUUGUUGUUCAACCAUCCGUUUCCUGGAUGGAUCUCAAUGAUGAACUUGCGAAACGUCAAUCCGGACUCUUCUUCCCCGUGGAUCCAGGUCCAAGUGCCAAGAUUGGAGGUAUGGUAGGAACAAACUGUUCCGGUACCAACUGCGUUCGUUACGGUUCCAUGAAAGAUUGGGUCAUCAAUCUAACCGUCGUGCUCUCCGAUGGAACAAUCAUCAAAACCAAGCGACGACCUCGUAAAUCUUCUGCAGGUUACAAUCUUAACAGUCUCUUCGUAGGCUCCGAAGGAACCCUCGGUCUUGUAACUGAGAUCACACUCAAGCUCGCUGUCGUACCACCAGAAUAUUCAGUCGCUGUAGUCACUUUCCCUACGAUUCGUGAUGCGGCAGCGGCAGCAGCUGGUGUCAUGCGCGCGGGCAUCCAAGUCGCAGCUAUGGAAAUCAUGGAUGAAGUGCAAAUGAAAGUCGUCAAUCUAUCCAAAUCCACCGCUCCUCGUCAAUGGAAAGAACUCCCAACGCUCUUCUUCAAAUUCUCCGGCACCAAAGCAUCAGUUAAGGAAAACAUAGCAAUGGUUUCCUCCAUCGCCAAAUCCCAUCGCGGCAGCUCCUUUGAAUUCGCCAAAGACGCGCGAGAGCAAAAGCUCUUGUGGUCGGCGAGGAAGGAAUCGUUGUGGAGUAUGCUAGCAUUGAGAAAAAAUGGAAGUGAAGUCUGGAGUACGGAUGUGGCGGUGCCAUUCUCGCGAUUGGCGGAUAUCAUCGAGUUGAGCAAGAAGGAAAUGGAUGACUUGGGACUCUUUGCGAGUAUCUUGGGACAUGUGGGAGAUGGAAAUUUUCACGAGAGUAUCAUGUAUGAUCGGACGGUGCCGGGGGAGAUGGAGAAGGUGGAGAGGUGUGUGAAGAAUAUGGUGGUUAGAGCUUUGGAGAUGGAGGGGACGGUUACGGGUGAACAUGGAAUAGGAAUCGGAAAGAAAGAAUCUCUCCUCUUGGAACUAGGGCAUGAUACUUUGGGAGUCAUGAAAUCUAUCAAAUCGGCAUUAGAUCCACACUGGAUCAUGAAUCCAGGUAAAAUCAUGGAUAUCCCAAGUAAACCCACCUCGCUUCGCUUCGUUUUCGCUUACUAG